AUGGACAGUUCUAUAAUCGGGCAGCCAGUAACAUGGUAUUCGAGUUUCAGUAAUCGUUACAUAUCAUUUAUCGGGGCUAUAACGAAUAUACUGAUAAUAUUGUUUGUCAAUUUUUGGUAUGCAGUGCUACAUCUUCUAGCUUUGGCUGCAGUGUACUAUUAUAUUGGGCGUGUAUGCCCAUCGGUCUUUCCUGGAUCUGGUGCAAACAUAAUCUUUCGUCAGAGUGCUGGUUUAAAUCCUGGCAUGGAAACAGUUACUACGACGCUGAAUGAGGAGAAUCCUGAUUAUUCAGAUCGAAAACCGUAUCAUCAUGCUGAGCAAGCAUCCACCGCUGAUUUACCGCAAGAUUUCGAUUGA